GAUGAAGGAGGCAGUUUUGUGACAGCAUGACAGUCCUGUUUUGGCUAACAGCUGUGGGAGUGAGCAGUUAACGUUUCAGCAUGGAAUCUUGAAAGUCACAGGAUCCACAGUAAGAACUCUUGCUUCAUUAACUGUGAAAUGAAUAUUAAUUAAAACCCCUGAGUAUGAUAAUGAGCUCUAAGAACAACUACUAAGCAUAUCUGAUUGUUGUACUCAAUUUUCAACCAAAACUAUGUUAAAUGUCCUUCUGGGGAUGGGGAACAGGUAAGGUUAGGAUGUAAGGGAAAAAAGUCCCUUUGGGAGUGGGAAAUUAUUGAAAGUGCUCAAUGAAAGCCUGGGGGGUGCUGUCAGGCAGACAUCACUUGUUUGAAACCAUGAAAGCCCUUGUGGGGGAGCUGUGGCUGAGAAAGUCAAAGCUGGAUGCUUAACAUGACACAUGGCUAAGGAAGAGCUUUGAAUGGGAGACUUAGAGCGAGCUUGUUUAAAAACAAACCAGGUGCUUACCUAGAGAAGUGAAAAAGUAGUCUGAUGUGCCUUUUUGUAAUAAAGUAAUGAAAAAUAUUGAAGCUUAGAGAUGUUCUAUCAGCAAAAUAAAGGCUGUUAACUGGUAAGUAUGGAAUUUUGCCAAGUCACGUAUGUGGAAGCCCUGGUGAUAGGUGUGUUCUGUUCUUUAGUGGAACUGGAUAUCCAUUAAGUAAGACAUAAAUAAGGACAAACAGUGUGGUGAGAGCUAAUGACUUGUAAUCAUUCAAAAUAUUUAGAAUGUGACCUAUGUCUGUCCUUUAAUACUUGAAAACCAUCUUUUGUGUAUUUCUGUCUGAAGAAAUGAGUACCUCAUGGCUUCUCUUGUUAUCGGGCCUUGUAGCUUAGUCGUAAGGCAGAGUGUAAAAUGUCUAAAAGAAAUAACAGACCUUUUUAGCUCAGUUUAGUACUUUCAUCUGUGAAAGUAAGUCUUCAGAGCUGAUCUGCAAACUGAGUUACCCAAUUUAACAGUAACUACCUUCCCCAGUCUGAACUGUCUUUCUGAAAAAAAGCUUUCUCAGGUCUUCCCCUUUAAACUGACUUCUACUGUGUUAGAAGCUAGCUGUUAACACUGUGCUGUAGUCAUUUUAUGCUUUGGUUAUUUUCUUCUGUUUUUGAGAAGGACUGGUUCACAUCUCCCAGUCCCCUAGCAUAUAAAUAUUUGUCUUAAGAUGAAAGCGUGCAGUCUUUGGCAGACAGUGAUUUAACCAUGGCUUAAAACUUAAGGCUUUUUGCUUUGAAAGAAUUAUACGAAAUUGAGCCAGUGGGAAUCUCAAGUUGUAUGCCUUACUGUACUGUGAAGGAUUUAAGAUCUCAGAGACCAUAUUUUAAUAAUCUAUAAUCCACUUGGAGACAAUCUUGUGACAGUAUUCAGAUAACUAGAAGGUGUGUUUAGAAAAUAGCUUCCAGCAGAGGAUACCUGCCUUUCAACCCUUGGAAGGUGGCAGCAGCACGUAAGGGAUUGAUUCAAGUCCUGAAUGUAUCUGUUAGGUGCACAGAUCAGGCUUCCCUGUUUCUCUGCCUGGUGGUGAUGCUUUGCUAUUUAUCUGCUUCCCCUUCUGGCGUGGUGGCAUUCAGUUCUUAUGUUCAUACAAAGACCUAAUCUCAAUGAAAACUGAGGAAAAAGUUUAAAAAGGAAAAAAAAAGUUGUUAUUGCUUCCUGCUCAUUGUAACUGGACAAAUCAAAACUGAACAACUCAAAACUCACGUGGUGUAAGAAAUGUUAAAAGGGCAGGUUGUUUGUGGAACAGUUCCUCUAAAAGCUGCAGUGCAAAGAUCUGCGUGUGUAAACAACUGCAGUCACUGCUUCCACACCCAGUAGUCUCCUUCCUGUCUGCUCAUGCACUUUCCCUGCCAUAUAAAAUUUCUAUCUUAGUCGCUUGUUUUCGGGAUGCUUUUAGGCACGGGUGGAACUUUUACAGAAAUUCCUAUGUAUUUUUAAAAAUACGGUGAUGCUGCUAGUUUCAGAUGGUUAGAAGUAGAAUUCUUGAAAUUCUUGAAAGUUACAUUCAGAGUGAGUGCAAUUUGGUGAAACAAACAGCUUCAACGGGCUGUUUUUGUGCAAGAAAGCAAACAGAUAUUUAGCAAAACUGUAUCACCAGAACUUCUUCAUGGCUUACAAUUCACUUCUGUUUUAAUGUUAACGCUGGGAUAGGCAAGUAUAGUUGAGCCAAAAAUGUAAGAUAAUCCCAUUCCUGAAACAUAAUAUCAAAUGAGCAGGAUUUUAGUUUAAUGGUGAUAAUACGUAUACAAGGAUUAAGAACAGAGAGAUAAGAGAUGGAUAAGAAGGGAUUACUGCUUGUCUUCCCUAUUGCUGUAGUAAUUUUGGGGAGAUGGGGGAGGGGAAAAGGAAAAGAGUUUCGGGGACCCUUCUAGAAGAGACGAAAAUCUUCAAGAGAGACUAGCUAAAUAAGAGGAAUCGUAUAGUAAUCAUUUGAAGUUAUUUCAGCUGUUCAAAAUACUUUAUUACCUCAGAUGGAACCAUUUUAUUCUAAAACUACAUGGAAUUAUGUAAAUGUGAUAUUAUUGCCUUAGGAUGAGGUAUUUAUCAUGGUGCGUUUCUGAUCUUCCUCUGGAAAUAAUAUAUACCUUAUACACUGAUGUAAUCAAUGUUGGCACAGAACUCAGCUCUUUUGUACACUCAAUUCUUUUCCAUGUUUGAUAGAGAUCGUUGGGCCAAAAGUGUCUUCCGCUUAGCCAUUCGGUGUCAUAAUCAAAUAGUGCAUGUAUGUGUAGUUCAAAAUCCAUUAUUUGCUAAGAAUGAAAAAUGCCAUGCACAGUCCAGAAGUCUUUUAAAGGGUAAAAAUAGUUGAAAUUAUUAUUUGCCUUUUCCUGGUAUAUUUUAUGAAAUAUCAUAGAAUUAUUUGUAAAAGCUUCAGAUGUCCCUGAGGUAAGUAAAUGAAACUCAUUUCAGAGGUGGUCUUUAUGUCUUCUCUGCUGCUGGUAGCCAUCUGUUUCGUUGACGGCUAGGUUUUUUGUUUUGCUUUUAAAUUAUUGUGAGUUUUAAUGUGUUCAGCAUUCUGAUUACUGUAAACUGGGAGCUUAAUUUGCGGGGAUGUAAAUUGGUGUUUUUUGUACAACAAAGAGUGAAGCAGAAGGAUUUACAAGUCCUUGUCAGGACAUUGUGCCAUGCUAGUGUCUUUCACUUUGGAGACCUGUUCUUGAAAGAAAAACAAACAAACAAAAAAAGUGCAUGUCUGUCUAUCCCUAUAGCAAUUUGGUUUGGCUUUUUGUGGGAUUAGGCAAGAGUGGCUGCCAACACAAAGACCUGGGGUGCGUGGGGCUGAGGAGUGGUGACUGGUCUGUGACUGCUUCUUUCUGUCAUGGCUGCUACUCCAUUAGCUGCAGCAGAAGUUGUCCCUGAAUGAUAAGGAUGUGUAAGAAAUCCCCACAGAGAAUAAGCUCAGCAUUAUGUAUUUCUUAAACCUGUUUCCUGAUAAACCUUCAGUAUUUGUACUUUAUAUAAUCUCUUUAGUAACUUUUGACCAUCAGUUUCGUUAGUGUCCAUAAACAUAUGCUGUAAGGACGAGAUCUACAGUUUGUUUUCUUUUAAUAAUAUAUAAGCUAUAUAUAGCAUCUUCCUGAGUAGCAGGAAAACUAGGCAGACCUUUAGAGGUUUCCAGACACAAGACUAAAGAUAUCUGAGUCCCUUUGGGUUACUUUCAGGUAAGGUAGAUAACGUCUUGAUUAUGUGACAGGUAAUCGCAUGUUAUGGGUAUUCAGACGUGAAAAAGAUGUAGGGUUAAGAAUCUCCUCAAGGUGAUCAAAAAGGCAUAACAUCUGGAGACUGGAAGUCUUCAUUAAACAAACAAAAUGGUGUUUUAGGAUACAGACUGUGCAUUGCAAAUUGCUUUCUGGUGAGUUGCCAGGUAUCUAAAAUGAGACGUUUUUUUCUUAAUGGUUUUUUGCGGGUCUCAUAGAAGGUUAAUGGGUUUUAUGUUCUGAGUGGGGUGGAGAUGAACUAAAUUACCAUGCUAGAUUUUUUUUUCCUGGCCUUGAAGGAAAAUUUAAGAGGAUUUAAAGGCAAGUCAUUGAGCAUGAAGUACAUAGAAGCUGAUGCAUUGCAGUCAUCUGUAUAACAUUUUAUUUUAUAGACAGAAAAUUUUCUUUAAAAUACUUCCUGGAAGUUAUUGUCUAAUAACGGAAACAGUUUGACUUUGUGAAUAGCAGAAUAUGAGUGAAUCAUUGCAUUUUUCUUCUUAGGUUUAAGAGGCCUAAAGCCAGACUAGAACUUAACUAGAAUGGACACAUACUUUAAAGCUGCAGUCUGUGACUUGGACAAACUACUGGAUGAAUUUGAACUCAAUACAGAUGAAUGCGACCUCUCCAGAGCUCCUCAAAAUCCAUAUGAUUCAAAACAUCAUUCCCUUCCUUUGGAUUUGGAUUUCUUGCAACGCGUAUACCCAACACAAAAACUGCAGGAGAAUGCUAACAGUUAUACUGCGUCAGAAGAAAUCUCUCAAGCCAGCCACACCAGACCAAAUGAAGGGAUUCUGAAUUGUUCAUCACAAAAUGAGAGGAGUGUUUCUGGGCCUGAUAUUUUGACCAUUGUGAACAGUGCUUUCUCAGAAGGAAGUCAGGGUUCAAACCUGGGAAGUAGUGUACCUAUGUGUGAUCUUGUUAAUGACAUAAGUAACUUGAUCCGUUCAGCAGGUGCUAAUGUAGAUACUCAGAAAUUGCAGCCAGGUGACUCUCAAUGUAGUGAAGACUGUUUGAGUGUCUUUGGCAAAUCUUGCAUACCUCUCCCUGAUGAUCUGUUUUCAUUGGGUUGCAGAGGUGUUUCAUAUACAGAGCAGAAUGAUGGGGACUCAAUGCUACAACAUUCAGGACCUCUUAAAACAGAAGAGAGUAAUCAAUUAGCUUUAAAAUCAGGUGUUUUUGCUAAAGCAGAGGUUUCAGAUCUGUGUGAUUAUCACUUCAAUUUAAAGAUACAGUCCUGUAUUGAAGUAUUUGAUCAUCUUGAACAAACUGCUCACCCUAAUACUGCGUGUGUCUCUGAAACAUUACAGAAUUCAAAUGUGUACGAUCCCAAAGAUGAGACAGCAUGUGAAAAAUUGCCUUCUGAGCCACCAGAUGGAAGCAUGUGCUCUCCAGUGAGUGAAGAGAUACAUGGAGGAAAUGCUGCAGAAAGUAUAACCUCGGAAGAUGAGUGUAAAGUGGAAUCCACUCCUUCUGAUCUGCUGCAUAGACAUCAGUUGGACAAAAGCCACAGAACAUUACCUGAAAGUCAUACUUUACAAGGCUCCACAUGUCAAACUGGGGCUGAAGUAGAACUAGAAGAGAAAAUUACAGAAGAUAAUGUGGGUAGUGAAGAAGUUGCUGGCACUGCAGUACUAAACAGUGCUUUACCUUUAUGUGUAUCAGUCGAGGAUGUCCAGACGUCACUGCCACAUCUUCCACCACUUCCUGUAUCUCAAGGUGGUUCCUCAGUUUUAACAGAAGAAGUUGCUAAUUCUCUACCUCAGAAUGAAAUAGCAGAGGUUAUUAGUGACAGUUUAACAGCUGAUCUCUCUGAUUGUGAAUCCUACAAAGAGACUGACUUACAUGAACAGGAAGGAUAUUUAACUAAAAUCAAGCAAAUUGUUGUAGAAAAAAGAGACGGAGAGACAUGUAAUACUGAGAAUGUAAUUGAAGAUAGUGAUUCUGGUCAAAUCAAAGCUAUUGCUUCUACUUUUUUGGAGUAUGAAGCUGAGCCAUAUGGUCUUGAUAUAGACUGUUACUACAAUGAAAGUAUUAGCCAAAUUGUAGCUGACUUUACUGUUGAGGAGAAUAUUGUUGAAAGUAAUAGUCUUGUAAGUGAUGCAGAGCUUGACGAAUUCUUGUAUGGGCAAAGUCAUCUGUCCAGUUCAUUGAAUUCUUUAAGCAAUAGUAAUAACUUAAUGACAGCUGACACAGAAGUGAAUUUGGGAGAUGAGAACCUGGAUUUCACAAAGGUUACUGAAGAACAUGCUCAGACAAAACUGGAGGAUAUAACUAGCAUUAGUAGUGACCUUGAAGUCUCUCUUGCUGCCCAUAAGGUGAAACCUCUAGCAGAGGAGAGUGUGUUUCAUAUUCAAAAUGUGACUGAGCACGAUAGUGAUGCACGAGUUUCAAAGCUUCCUACUGAAGGUGCAAGACCAAAGCUGUUGUGUGACAGUACACAAGGAGCUGUUGGUCAGAGACAACUGAAUCAAACACAUGUGCUUGAGAGAGCAGUUACUCCAGAAGCUCCCUUCUCAAGGAACAGCAUUACUUCUGACGGAAAUUCUGAACCUGCUGGGGAAAAUGGCACUGAAGCAGGAAAAAGUCAAACAUUUCAAAGUGUAGAAUCACUUAAAACACCUGCAGCUCUUCUGCAGAAGCAACCGUUGUGGGUUCCUGAUUCAGAGGCACCCAACUGCAUGAACUGUCAAGUGAAGUUCACGUUUACAAAAAGACGACACCACUGUCGUGCAUGUGGAAAAGUUUUUUGUGGCGGCUGUUGCAAGCGAAAGUGCAAACUACAGUACAUGGAGAAGGAAGCAAGAGUCUGUACUCGCUGCUAUGAUGAUAUUAAUAAAGCACAGGCAUUUGAAAGGAUGAUGAGUCCAACAGGUCCUGUCCCUAAUUCCAGUGUCUCCUCUGAGAAUUCUUCUGCUCCACCUUUGCAGGAAGCCUGUAUACCUGGUAGUGCCAGCUGUCCCUUAUUUUCUUCACCGUUGCCCGUUUCAGCACUUAAACAAUCUGACAACGAAGAGCUAUGCCCCAAAGAACAGAAGAGAGUUUGGUUUGCAGAUGGUAUUUUGCCGACUGGUGAAGUGGCAUAUACAACAAAGCUUUCAUCUGGAGCAAAGAGGUCAUCCCAGGACGCAGUACGCCCUGAUCUGCCAGAGCUGCAUGUGGCUGCAAAUGCAGAGGAAGCUGACAUGCUAACUGAUGUAAAUUCAAAACCAAAAGAAGAAAUGGAUGGUAUUACAAGAAUGGAGGGACUGUGUCCUUCUGUUCCCUCAGAGGAUGCACAACAGACCAUUUCCAGCCAGAGUGAGAUGACCGAUGGUGAUAAAUCUCUGACUCCAGACACUACAGAGUGUUCUUCUGCCAUGGAAUCUGGGAAGACUAGUACUAAUUUAGUAGAUUGGACUAAAAGUGAAAUGCCUGUUAGUCCUACAAGUUACGGAGCGCUCUGUGGUGUUGAAAACUGUGUUCGGAAAGACGUCGACCUUCUUCCAGAUGGUGAUAAACUGCCACCGCUUCUGCUUGCCAUGGGUGAAAGAGGAAAAGAUCCUCUAGUGGAAGAGCAUCUGUCUCACCAACAGGUCGCCUUGCUUCUUGAGAAAGGAGGUGCCGGUCCGUUAACUUUUAUCCUAAAUGCAAACUUGCUUGUGAAUGUCAAGUUAAUAUCUUAUUCUUCAGAAAAAUGCUGGUACUUCUCAACAAACGGGCUACACGGUUUGGGGCAGGCAGAAAUUGUCAUUCUGUUGCAGUGUUUGCCAGAUGAGAAGACUUUUCCUAAUGAAAUAUUCAAAUUAUUUAUUGACAUCUAUAAGAAUGCAGUAAAAGGAAGGCUACUAAGAAACAUGGAAAAUGUCACAUUUAGUGAAAAUUUUCUCAGUAACGAAGACCAUGGAGGAUUCCUGUUUGUUUCACCAACUUUCCAGAAACUUGAUGAUUUAAUGCUACCAGAUAACCCUUUUCUUUGUGGCAUUCUAAUCCAUAAGCUGGAAAUACCAUGGGCUAAAGUUUUUCCAAUCCGUUUAAUGUUGAGACUGGGAGCAGAAUAUGGAGUAUAUCCAACUCCUCUAGUAAGUUUCAGACAUCGAAAGCCACUCUUCAGAGAAAUAGGACACACAAUUAUGAACCUACUUGUUGACCUUAGAAACUAUCAAUAUACUUUGCAUACCAUAGACAACCUAUUUGUUCAUGUGGAAAUGGGUAGAAGCUGUAUUAAAAUACCCUUCGGGAAAUACAAUCAAGUGAUGAAGGUGAUAAAUUCCUCUAAUGACCAUGUAAUUAGCAUUGGAGCCAGUUUUAAUACUGAAGCAGAUUCUCACUUUGUGUGUGUGCAGAAUAAGCAGGGUAUCUAUCAUACACAAGCAAACAGCACUAACAAACAUCCUCGGAAAGUUACAGGUGCAAGUUUUGUGGUAUUUAAUGGAGCCUUAAAGACAUCUUCAGGAUUUCUAGCUAAAUCCAGUAUAGUUGAAGAUGGAUUAAUGGUCCAAAUAACACCAGAAACAAUGGAAAGCCUACGUCAAGCAUUAAGAGACAAGAAGGACUUCAAAAUAACUUGUGGCAAAGUGGAUGGAGAAGGUCUAAAAGAAUAUGUAGAUAUUUGCUGGGUGGAUGAUGAAGAAAAAACAAACAAAGGAAUUUUAAGCCCAGUAGAUGGAAAAUCGAUGGAAGGAACUUGGAGUGAAAAAAUACCACACAUCAGAGACUUCGAAAGAAAAGGAAAAGUUCUGAAGUGUACUGAAGUGUAUUAUUUCCUAAAGGACCAUGAACUACCCAGUCCUGUUCAUCUCCAGUUUGCUAAAGACAUUGCUGCUGCCUGCAGCGCUGCUCUUUGCCCACACCUUAAAACCCUGAAGAAGAAUGGGAUGAAUAAGAUAGGCCUGAGAGUUUCGGUUGACUCAGAUAUGGUUGAGUACUUGGCAGGAUCUGGAGGUCACCUUUUUCCACAGAAGUACCUGAAUGAAUUGGACAAAGCUCUGAUUCCUGUGAUCCAUGGUGGGAUGUCAGAUCCUGCAAGCUUACCGCUGAAAAUGGAAUUGGUAUUUUUCCUUCUGGAACAUUUAUUUUGAGACCAGUUUCUGGCAGGAUACUGGUUUGCUAGCUUCGAACACCAAAGCUUAAUGCAACAAACACUAAAGAGCAAAUUUCCUAAAACUGUUUUGAUUUUAAUGGAUUCUCAAAAUGAACUUAAACAAAAUAGGAACCCAACUUCCAUCUGUUACUUUACCAUAGAAACAAGUGUAGCCUGUAAUGUUCUCUAACAUUCUGAAACCUUACACUUACUACAGUUGCAGAAGAAGGCAGUUGCUUACCUCUGUACACUGCUGUAGCGCUGACACUGUGUAGUGUAACUUCCAGCUGUGCUAUCUUGCCUCCUAAGUACUCAGAUAAGUAUUAAAGAAAUUGCUGCAGUCAGAUCUAAUCUCAACCUGACGCAUGUGCUUUCCAAGUGCAAAGAACUUUUUUGCCGUUUGAGGUUCUAACAUGAGGUCUUAGGUAGCUGACUGCAUACUUCACACGUCAGUAUGAAUACAGGUGGACACCUCUUGACACUUGUAUUCGAUCAGCACAAGGAAUCACAGAAUGGCUCAGAGUGGAAGGGACCUUAAAUAUCACCUACUUCCAAUCCCCCUGCCGUGGCAGGUGUCCCCCCACCAGGUGAGGCUGCCCACAGCCUCAUCCAACCUGGCCUUGAGCAUCUCCAGGGAUGGAGCACCACAGCUUCUCUGGGUAAACAGUUUCUUGCUAACAUCUAACCUAAAUCUCCUCUCUUUUAGCUUAAAUCCCUUCCACCUUGUCCCAUCACUGUCAGACUGUGUAAAUGUUAAGCUUCCUUUGAGUACUGGAAGGGUGCCAUCACAUCUCCCAGGAGCCUUCUCUGGCAUAGUGCAUGCAGGCUGGGGUCCCCAGCACAGUGCAGAGAUGUUGGACUUGGGUCCAGAGGAGAGCCAUGGAGAUGAUGAGAGGGCUGGAGCACUUCUCUUACAAAGAAGCAGUGAGGGAGCUUGUUUCUUCCAAACCUCAUUAGAUUCCCAUGGUCCCGCUUUUCAAGCCUGUCCAGGUCCAUCACGAUGGCAUCCCUUCCUUCUGUUCUAUCAGCUGCACUACUCAGCUUGCUGAGGCUGCAGUCGAUGCAACUGUCUAUCUUCCUGAUGAAGACGCUCAGGGGCACUGGCACUGGUCCCAAGACAGACCCCCAGGGGGACACUGCUCAUUACCCACCUCUGCUUGGCUAUAGAUCCACUGACCACAUCUUUCCAGCCAUCGUAUAUUCCACUCUUCAAAACCCACAUCUCUCCAAUUUAGAGAGAAGGAUGUGGUGGGGGGACCAUGUCAAAGGCCUUGCAGAAAUCCAGGUAGAUGACAUCGGUUGCCCUUCCUUUGUCCACAGAUGCUGUCACUCUAUCACAGAAGGUCACCAGAUUGGUCAGGCAAGAUCUGCCCUUGGUGAAGCUGUGCUGGCUGCCUUGGAUCGCCUGCUUGUUUUGCAUGUGCCUUAACACAUGUUCCAGGAGGAUCUGCGCCAUGAUCUUCCCAGGUGCAGACCCACCUGGCCUGUAGUGCCCCAGCUGCUCUUGCGCUGCUCUUACAGUGAAGGGAUUUUGCUCACCUAGCCUCAGCCUAGAUGUUCAGGGACAUAAUGGGCAUGGAAAGCCUGACUGGCAGCGGAGACCCAGUCAGUCUUCUCCACAUCUGCCGUAUUUCGUUCUCCCUUCUAAGUUAUCAGAGGGGGUACGCUCUCCUUCGCCUGUCUUUCAACCAAUGUACCACAGAAUCUCUUCUUGCUAUUUUUCGCAUCCCUUGCCAGGUUUAGGUCCACCUGUGCCUUGGCUUUUCUGAUUCCAUCUCAGCAGGACAGCUGGCCCCGUUACCUUAUUGGAGGAGCCCUUACAAACUCCUCUGGGACAAACCGGAGGUUUUCCCCCCUUCCUCCCUGAAGUGACAGUGUUCCCUGGCUCUUCUCUGUCACUCAGCAGUACAUCCCCUUCCCUCAUCAAAUCUAUCUUAAGAGAAAAACUGCAAUUAAGUUGACAACAGCACUGUCGGUGAAGUCCUGACUUAGGGUGCCAUGCCGGUGCUUCAGGACCAUGUGCUUCUGAAUUCCUUUUUGUAGAAAAACUGAGGUAACUCUUGACUUUUUAGGGAUUUGUCUUACUAAAACAGAUGCUAUUUUUAUAAACGCUGAUCUUUCUUUCUUCUGCGCGGUGUGCAAAGGUCCCGAUGCAGUCUGACCUCUCAAGGAUUAAGAAGCAGCCAGAUUAUCCUUGAAGUAAUCUGAGCGUAGCAAUAAGACGGGAAUUCUGCACUCUCUUUUCUGCUUCCCUCUCCUGCUUUUCUUUCCCCUCGGUAGCCUCCUUUCUCUUCAGGGAGGACAAACGUAUUAAGUGUGAGUUUUCACCAUCAGAUUUAGUAUUGUACGUAUUUUUUAUAGUGGGUCCUUAAAAUCUAUUUAUGUACUCGGGAUGCAUGUGAUUUGUACCGAGGUUCCACGAACCGAGGUUUGGUAACUGCCACAACCGUUUACCAAGAAGAGAACAAGGAAACCAAGUCCCAGUCGCUAUUGUUGUCAGUCAAAAUGCUGGCACAGGUUUGUGGGACUAUUCACCUUUUGCUGUCUUCUCGAUGCUCUAUGGGGAUAUUUCACGUGUUUGUCUCAGACACAACUUGUAGCGUAACCUCAUCAGCUCUGCGCUUAGAAAACGAGCGACGGAACAUUCCAGGCCCGCGGCCUGGAGGACACUGGGGAUACAUUUGAGCCGAUUCUUCGGCAGGACUGUCGUUCCGGAGGGCUGCUGGGGGCUGCACGGCGGGCAGCUGCGUGCAACGAGGCGCGCCUCGCUGCCACCGCGCAACCUCACCGUCGCUUCCUCUGGUAACCCAACGUAGCGAGGUGGCGGGGGCCUUCCCGCGCUCCAGCGUCUCCCUGAGCCGGGAGGGGCGUAACGGACGUCUGCGCCGUCAGGUAACCAGAGGAACCGUUCUGCCGUUGAUCCUGUACUAACGAUCUCUAAGAGUUAAAUAAAGCUUCUCUCUUAUUUAAAUAAAA